AUGAAGGAUGCGUCUUGCGACAAUGGCUGUCAAGCACCUUUGCUGAUGGCUAUGAACACCGAACAUCAGGUGCACUUAAUUAUUGGGACGAACCCGUUAGCAGGAGCCCGUUGUGCGAAGAGUGUAGGCGUCGGAGCGAAACCUAUCAUCAUCGCACCAGAUACGGUCGAUGUGCACUAUACAUUGACCGAACGCUUCGAAGACGGCUCAGCACAAUGGAUACGCAGAUCGUUUCGAGACGAUGAUCUAACCGCCCUUGGGAGGGAAGAAGUCGACUAUGUUGUCGACAUGGUGUUUGUCACUCUCGGCGCGAGUGACCCGUUGAGUUCCCACAUUUCGAAGCUUUGCCGACGUCUGAGAAUCCCGGUGAAUGUAUCUGACGCACCGGAUCUCUGUUCCUUUAGCUUGCUCUCUACGUACUCAGAUGGUCCUCUGCACAUCGGAAUUACGACUUCGGGGCGUGGCUGCAAGCUUGCUUCUCGCCUGAGGAGGGAAAUUUCUGCUUCGCUUCCUCCGAAUCUCGGGACUGCCAUCGACAGACUCGGUGCGGUAAGGAGGCGUCUUUGGGCAGAAGACUACGCUGCAGGACUCUGUGAUGGCAUUUUCGACGGCGAUGACGAUGAUUCGACAGGUCAAAAACAUACUUUCAAUAAUCUAGUCACCGAGCAUGACAAAUCGGCCGCCAAAACAAGACGCAUGCGCUGGCUCUCCCAGAUUUGCGAGUAUUGGCCAUUACGCAAACUCGCCGCUAUUACCGAUUCUGAUAUUGAAAGAAUCCUUCAGGCCUACUCUGCUGGGAAAGAAAAUGCCAGCGACAUGAAUGGGACUGCGCUGUUGUCUAAGAAGGGAAAGAUUGUUCUGGCUGGCUCUGGUCCUGGUCAUCCCGAUCUGCUCACUCGCGCAACUUAUCAUGCGAUCCAGAAUGCAGACAUUAUAUUGGCGGAUAAGCUUGUGCCUGCUCCAGUCUUGGACUUGAUUCCGCGCAGGACUGAGGUCCAUAUAGCGCGGAAAUUCCCCGGAAACGCGGAUCAAGCACAAGAAGAGUUUAUGCAAAUGGGAAUCGAAGCCCUGCGCCAGGGGCGGUACGUACUCCGGCUGAAGCAGGGAGACCCGUAUCUCUAUGGUCGAGGAGGAGAGGAAUUUGAGUACUUCCGAGGCGAAGGGUUUACCCCCUUGGUUCUUCCCGGAAUCACUAGCGCGCUCAGUGCCCCAUUGUUCGCGGAUAUUCCUGCUACCCAUCGUGGUGUUUCGGACCAGGUUCUGGUCUGUACCGGCACUGGAAGGAAAGGCGCAGCUCCAGAGCCUCCUACUUACGUACCGACUCAGACAGUCGUCUUCCUGAUGGCGCUGCAUAGACUAUCUGCACUUGUGGAAUCACUGACCACGCUACCGGUGACAGAUGAUGGCUCCCCUGCGAGAACGGCCUGGCCCAAGGAUACUCCAUGCGCCAUCGUGGAACGGGCUUCAUGCACGGAUCAGCGGGUUAUUCGUUCAACUCUUGAGAAUGUCUGCUUGGCAUUUGAAGCUGAAGGGUCUCGCCCUCCCGGUUUGCUCAUUGUCGGAGCCAGCUGCCAUGUUCUACACCGACCAAGCGGUCAAAAAUGGAUCGUUGAGGAGGGAUUUCGAGGCCUAGAUGAAUUGCAUGCUGUUUUGGAUGAGUCUAUGAGGGACGGUAGUGUGCUGAAUGCCUCUUGA